AUGCCUUUGUUUCGCUUGAACCCGUUCCAGUCUCUCAACGGCCACAACCCUGCCACCACAAGGCCGUCGAUCACCUGCGAGAAAUGCAACCACAAACAGCCUCAAAACACAAGCAGCGACGCUGUCAUGGCUAGCCUCAUCGUUCUGUUCUCAUAUUUUCUCGCCUUUCUCGACGACAUCGAACAGCAGCUGAAGACUAUCCACGGCCGAGAGAAAGGGCUUGUCGUCUGCAUCCUCGGCGGAACACUGUUGCUGGGUUUCUUUGGUGUGGCUUUCUGGGUUGGGGCCAUGGCGCUUCCGUGGAUUAUUGGCUGCUGGGUGAUCUGGGCGUACGUUCGUCGUGGCUUUGACAAGAUUGUGGUUUCGCUGGCAGAGACCGAGGGGGUCCCUGAAAGGGCCAAAUGA